AACGCGUCUUCAUGACUAACUUAUUCUUGAGGGGCGUAAGAACCAAGAUAAGGUGUCAUAUAUAAAGCACGUAUAAAUUAAUCAAAGGCUGAAUUUGCACAGUUUAGUCUUUGAUACCGAAGAAAAAAGAUGACUUCUGAUCCGUGUGUUAUUUGGUACUAUCAGUGUAAUUAAAUCGUUGUAAGAGAAAAUCUUUUGAAAAUAUAUGAGAAGUUGAUUCGUGUUACCUUUGGCACAAGUAAUUAGAAAACAAAUCGCUCAGCUAAAAACAUCCGUACAUAAGCUAAAACGGAUAUACAGAGAAGCAUGGACAAUAAAAUACAAUUUGUUAAGUGUGCACAAUCCAAUGAGCCUGUACCAGCAAUCAAGCCUCGAGUUGGAACCGCUGGAGGUAUACAGGGAUACCUAUUGGAGAUGAAACUCCUCACACAUGUUAUGUACCAAGCAAAACAAACCGAACAAUUGUGCUUUCACAUAGCUUCGAACGUAAAUUCAAUCGGUGCAUUUGACGAUUUGGUGUUUAUCAGCUGUACCAAACCCCAGUCGGGGUUCUUCUUGCAGGCAAAAUGUGGAAAAGCUAUGAUUGACGAGGACGCCUUGUUCAAUAAAAAAGGCGAUUUCAGCCUGUACAAAUAUCUGGACAGUUACAGGAUGAUAGAAAACGCAUUCGAAGACUUCAACGUGACCUGCAUUCUGUACACUACUGCAGGGGACAAAUUGAAUGUCAAUAAAAAAAUAAAUGCCAUAUCUUCGAAGCCCACAGUUUCAAAAGAGCAAAGAUUGUACGAUAUAGAUAACUUAAUUUCAAUUGAAGUUCCAAGUAAAAGUCCUACGAAGUUCCAAUUAAAUAAAGUUCAGUAUCUGGGCCGUCUAACGGAGAUGGCUGCUGAAUAUCGUCUAAAAAAUCUAGCAGCUGAGCUCGUCAAACUUUCCAUAGACGAUAGCAGUGCCGAAUUGGAAGAAAUUAAAGCGUAUGAGUUUAUUUUGGCUGAAUACGUUAUAGAUGUUCAAACUAAGAAAAUUAAAAAAGAAUUCAUUGACAACAAUCAAAAACCAUGGGCUCUUCUUAAAGAACCAAUGCUGGCAAGUUUGCAGUCAAAGGUUCUGCAAGAAGAAGAAAGUAUUAGAUUGCUUGAAGCUAUAGUUGAAGAAGUGUCGUCUGAAACGAUAAGCAAGCUAAUUUUAACGGAUAUAAAAUAUAACUCGGAUCAGGAACGAAUGGAACUACGAAGAAAGUUUUCCGUAGAGCAUAAGGACAAACUGAAAGCGAUUAAGACAUUCUUCAACUGCAAAAAGGUUCCGAAGAAGACAAUAGAUCAAGCAUUCGAGCUAGCAAGAAAACGUCAGUUGGAAUCUAUCAAACUCACAAAACUUCCCGAUGAUUUUGGAAAACAUGAUCGUUCCACGAGUAAUAAUGCAGAGAGGUCUGCCGAAUUGGCCGCAAAGUUCGUAAAAGUUAUCGAACAUGUCAAAGGUAACAAACAAAUUCCAAUGGACCAGUUGGUGGAGUGUUUCGGUGGUCUGGAUAAUAUUACUAAACUAAUAGGUAGUUUGCUAGUGCUAGAUGUAAAAAGUAAAUUGUUUAAGUUUGAUCUUGGAUCGGUGACAUGGAAGGAAUUUUUCGAAAUUUUAAAACAAAAACUAGAAGGUUUAGAACAAAAACUAAGAGGUUUAGAACAAAAACUAAAAGGUUUAGAACAAAAACUAGAAGGUUUAGAACAAAAACCAGAAGGUUUAGAACAAAAACUAGAAGGUUUAGAACAAAAACUAGUAGUACAAUUAGAUCAAAUUCGCUUCCUAGACAAUGUACCAGGUUUUCCACUAGUUAACGAUAGCGACAGGAAGUUAGCUGGACAAUUUAUCGAUAAAUUAUGGUUUUAUGUGAAUCAAGCGGAUGGAGAUGAUUUAGAAAAACAUUUGAAAUUUGAAAUAGCACAAAAGUAUAGCAAUUAUGAUAGAAAUUUUUUUAAACUUUGCUUUGGAGCAGAUGCAAUUUUGCAAAAUAUAUACUCUAAAAUCCAACGCUGGUGGAUAAAUCCAAAGAAUGACAGUACAUUUGGUAGUGGAUGGUUAACCAAAGAAUGCGAAUAUUUCCAGGAGGCAAAACACGAACUGAUGAAGGCACCGAUAUUGAAUAUAUUGGAUACCUGGUUCAGCAAGUGCAAACAUUAUUCAAAACUGGUUGAGUUUUCUGAUGAUUCUCUAGAAGUUUUGAAACUGAAAGAACCAUUGGUAGAUACUUUGAAUAUUAUCACUAAGAAUAUUUUACUUACCAGUUUAAAAUUACGUCAAUAUUUUGCACAAAAACAGGAUAAUUGUUUUUUUACUACAUGGAGUGAUGUUAUCAACAACAACUUGGUAAAGGAUAUUGAAAAUGAACUUAAAAAUUUGAACCCAUGCAUAGUAAUUAUAGUUAAAAAGGAGGAACUUCUAGAAUUUAGUUCGCCUUAUCCGUUUCAUACAAAAUGCAUUCUUGUGAGUGAAGGACCCAUAAAAGAUGUAAAUUCUAUUUCCGAUGAGUGUAGAGGCUUAACUGAUCUUACAGCUGAUUCACAAGAUCGUAUUUUAAAAAGUAAAACCGUUAACUUCCAGGGUGAAAAAGUUUCUCUGAGUCACCUAAUACGCACACAAGAGCUCAGAAAAGCGAUUGAUUCGAAAACGCUUGAGAUGUUACUUGCUGAGGAGGAAAUACAAAUUGGUAAAAGUCUAAAUGAUGAUAUCGGCUAUUUCAUACAACGUACAUUCCAGCGGCAAACAAUAUUUGAAAGGCAUACUUUGGAAAAAGAAGAUUCAGGGUUUCUCAUAGUUCAGUCCGGUGACAUCGAUGAAAGUAAACUAAAGAAAAAUACUGAUUUAGUAACUAUUUCCGAUGAUGAGGAAGUAUUUCAUGUUUUAAGUAGAAAAUUCACGGAACGAAACAUUCACUGGUUCAAGGAGCAAGACGAAAAUUUACUGUGGCAAAAAUCUAACGGCCAUCUGUCUAAGCUUCGCGACAUUGCAUCGAACCUAAUAUUGGACGUCGACGUGCAGAAUGACGAAUUAGGAUCGGUUGUAAUGCUAGCUGCGGAACCUGGAAUGGGAAAGUCCACAAUGUUUUCAUACUUGGCGAAAACAGUGAAACAGAAAACGCCGACUUCCUGGGUGGCCAAUGUAUGUCUUCGUGAACAUUCGGGAUUGUUCCUAAAAUGGAAAACCCAACCCGUCACUCCAAUCGAAGCGAUUCACUCCAUCCUACUUCGCAAUGGAAGUGAAGAAAGGCUUCUCGGCCCGGCACUUUUGGAAAAAGAAAUAUUCAGUUAUUUGUGGCGGGAAAAGAAGAUUAUAAUAUUUCUAGAUGGGUACGAUGAAAUCAGCCCAAACUACGAGGAGGAAGUAUUCCAGGUAUUGACCGCACUGAAGCAGCAUGACAUCGAGCGCUCGUGGAUUGCAACUCGUUCAAAUUUGCAGCUCGAAUUAGAGCGAAGAUUAAAUUUGUUUGCUUUGAGUUUGAAACAAUUUGAGAAAGUCGACCAAACACGAUUCCUGGAAGCUUUGUGGAAGAAAAAGGAUCAAACAGAGGACCGUUUGACGAACUUCUGUCGUGAGAUUUUAUCGCGAAUUACUUCUACAAUAAGAGACGUGAAGGAUAGAUUUGUAGGAAUCCCUUUGCAAUUGAAAAUGAUAGCUUUGGUUUUUGCACAAUUAUGUGAAGAGUAUUGCAAUUCAGCCAGCAAAAUGACGGAUGAAGUAUUAAAGAGCAAAUUAAAAGAAAACUAUAAUUUGAUUGAUUUAUAUAAAGAGUUCUUCCGAAUCAAAUUCGUAGUUGUACUCAAUGAAGAGAAAGAAGGCGUUAAGUCGGCUUCGGUCACCAUGAAGCAACAACUUGACACAUUACUUGAAAAUGCAACACGUAACCAUCGAAUUCUAGCAGCUGUUGCGCUGCUCGACAAACGGUUCUGUAAAUUGUUUCUCUCAACGCAGGAGCUCUCAGAAGCCGAAAACCUAUUGCAAAACAUUUCACAGGAAAAGACCGGCAUUGUGUAUCGCGUCCAAGAUGGCCAACCAGUUUUUGUCCAUCAAACGUUUGCCGAAUACUUUAUUGUUGACUACUUUUGGGAAAAACUCACCGCGAAGGGGCACCGAAAAAGUGAACUGUUUAUGUUGACUGUCAUCCUUUGUGAGUUCAUAAAAUACAAUAAACUAGAAAUUUUGCGGUUCUUUCAACAGAGAGCUACCAAGGAGCUGUCCAGGGUAAAGUCGCCUGAAGGAAUAAGCUCUGCGAUACCGCGUAUGUGUGAAAUCAUUCUCACGUUGCACACUUGGAAAGCUCCCAUGGUGUUGUUGGAAAUAGUUGAUUCUUAUAUUUCUUUGAUGAACAAUAUAAACACUGAUCCAGCUCCAGUUUUCCCUUGGUUAAUGGUUGACCCAACGGAUUAUCUUUUUUUGUUUUGCGUAAGAAAUGGACUCACAAAUUUAAUCAAGUGCUUGGAUAAAACAUUCGAUUCCUGGAAUGUCAAUGCCUUGGGCCGCAUCUUUUACGAGGAACCCCUAGCGUGGACGUUUGAUAAACCGUUAGGCGGUAAAAUUGCUGUAUUACAUGUGGCAGCGGAUGCUGGUUAUCUCGAAAUGGUGGAGCACUUUGUUGCUGCCGGGGCAGAUAUCGAUGUCAAGUGCUGUAGAGAAAGAACUCCGCUAAUGUACGCAUCAAGAAGUGGUCGUUUGGAGAUUGUGGAAUAUCUGCUAAAGAAAUCUACUUAUAUCGUGAGAACCUGUGAUUCAGAAAAACUAACAGCAUUGCAUUAUGCUGCAGUGGCAGGUCACACUCAAAUCGUACAAAAGCUACUGGAAGCAGCAAAAACAGAGCAGGAUAAACCCACGUGUAAAAUGUCUGAUGCUCCGAGCUGCACGACGAUAGAGAGAAGGAUUAUUGAUGCUGAGAAUGAGUAUAAAAACACAGCUUUGCACAUGGCUGCAUAUAACGGUCGUAUUGAAGUAAUGGAAGAGCUGUUGACAGCUGAUUUGCUUAUAAAUGCUGUUAAUAGCCACGGAAAAACUCCACUCAUCCUUUCGCUGGAAGCAAGCCAUUUUAAUGCUGCGGAAUAUUUACUAACAAAAGGUGCUGACGUUGCCAUUGCGGAUCGUGAGGGAAUGACUGCGUUGCAUUAUGCUGCAGCGAAGGGCAACGUCAAUUUAAUUGAAAAAUUGAUUACAGCAAAAACACCAGUAGAUGGUACGGACCGGAGGCGUCCAACUCCGUUAAUGCUUUCUUCGAAAGAAGGCCAUCGUCAAGCAGUAGACUAUCUUCUAGGAAAAAAUGCAGACGUUAAUGCAAAGGCCUUACGCCAACAAACAGCCUUACACUGGGCUGCAAGAAACGGUCACUUUGAAGUGGUCAAAAUCCUGUUAAACGCAGGGGUGCAAGACAAAACGGGAUUGGUUCUAUUAUCGAAAUUUUAUGACGUUGCAAGUCUUCUCACAGAAAACCAAGUUAAUGUUGAUGUUAUUGCUGUCGUUAAUUUUGCUCCUUUGAUGAAACGAACGGCAUUACAUAUGGCUGCAUACAGAGGUUGCGUUGAGAGCAUUAGGAACUUGGUGACUGCAGGGGCGAACAUUGACGCUGUUGAUGAGAACGGAAAAACUGCCCUAAUAAUAUUGUUGGAAAACGGUUUCAUUCAGGCCGCAAACCAUUUGUUGACGAGAAAUUUGGACGUUAAUAUUGCGGAUUCACAAAAGCAGACACCACUGCAUUUUGCAACGAUUAAAGGUCUCUUUGAAAUCGUUAAGGUUCUGGUGGAGGAAAAAGAUGCGCAAAUCGACGCUGCCGAUAAAUACGGUCGAACGGCUUUAAUGUUAGCGUUGGACCAAGACAAGCAUGCUGUUGCAGAUUAUUUACUGAUGAAAAAUGCAGAUGUCAAUUCUACAAAUGCAGCUAACGAGACUGCAUUAUAUAUUGUUGCAAGAAAACACAGGCUGGACAAAAUUGACAAACUGUUGGCAAAAGGAGCGUCAACUUCAAUUGAUGUUAUUACUAAAUACGGAGAAACUGUGGUAACGUGCAUAUUGGCAUAUUUCGGUCAACUACCAAAUACACUGCUAAGUAAAAUCACGGAUAAUGUGAAUUCAUCAAAACAGAUUGUAUUACAUUUUGCCGCACAGAAGGGUUGCACUGACGUCAUUGAAAAAGUGUUUGCUCAGGCUUCAGUUGGAGCGUUAAUUGAUGCUACUAACGGAAGUGGCCAAACUGCGCUCAUGCUCUCGUUGGAAGCAGGCCAUAUUGGUACUGCAGAAUAUUUGCUAACGAAAAAUCCAAGAAUCGAUAUACGCUGUCAUUACGGAAGGACAGCCCUGCACUACGCUGCGGCAAGAGGCUCUAUUGAAAUGGUUGAAAAACUGUUAAACACGGGAGUGCAAAUCGAUACUACAAGCACGACUGGUGAAACCGCGUUAAUGCUUUCAUUGGCUUCAAACCAUUUGCCACUUGCAGAUUAUUUGCUGAGUCGUAAUGCAAGAUUAGAUCUCGUGAAUUCUAACGGAAUGACAGUGUUACAUUAUGCGGCAAAAAGUGGACAUAUGACAAUAGUUGUAAAAUUGGUAGACGCAGAACUAGACAUUAACGCUACCACCGGCGGAGGCUAUACUCCGUUAAUGCUUUCAUUGGCCUCAAACCAUUUAGAUGUUGCAAACUAUUUGCUGAUGCAUAAUGCAAGACCUGAUUUCGUUAGUUCUGACGGAGUAACAGCGUUACAUUUUGUGGCGAAAUGUGGAGAUAUGACAAUAAUCGAAAAAUUGGUUGAUGUUAAAGCAGACGUUAACGCUACCACUAGCGAAGGCUAUACUCCGUUAAUGUUUGCAUUGCAAGGUGGCCACUUGGAAGCCGCAAACUAUCUCCUGAACAAUACCAGCAACAUCCAAGCUGCAUGUCCACGAGGGCUGAAUGCAUUUCACCUGGCUGCAGAAAAAGGUUUCUUUGCAAUAGCUGAAGGGUUAGUCAAUGCGGGAAUAAAAAUUGAUAGUAUUUCUAACUGGGCUGAAACUCCGUUACUAGUGGCAUUAAAAAAUAACUGUUUUGAUGUCGCAGAAUUCCUUCUGACGAAGGCUGACAAUGUCGAUUAUUUAAAUUCUUCGAUAGAAUUCUCAGGAGAAGAAGUUUCGAGAAUAUGCCCGCCUAAAAUUCUUAAAAUGUUAACGGAAAAAGGUGUAAAGCUUGAUGUUAUUUAUAAAAACUUCACAGAAUGUUUAGUACGUCUUUUGGAAAAUGGUCAGCAUGAAGAUCUAGAUAGUAUCUUGGUAGCAGCAAGUCAUACACAUCCCAUCAUCAAAGAAACUGAAAGCUCUUCCUCGAGCCACUUGCCUCUGCAUAUAGCUGCAGAAAACGGUCACAUUGAAGUAAUGAAAGUGCUUUUGGCUGCUUACCUACAAAUUGAUGCUGAUACUCGCUCCGGAAAAACUGCACUUAUGCUUGCGUUGCAAAGAGGUCAUUUGAAAGCUGCAGAAUGUUUGCUAGAAAAUGGUGCUGACGUUGAUGCUUUGGAUUCUAACAGAAAGGUAGCCCUUCAUUAUGCUGCAGAAAAAGGCUAUUCCGAAAUAAUGGAUAGGUUGAUCACAACAGCAACCUCAGUCGAUGCUUUCAGUCGGCACCGUGAAACUGCGUUAAUUCUUUCUUCGAAAGCUGGACAUGUUCAAACUGUAGAAUUUUUGCUGGGAAAAAAUGCAAAAGUUAAUCGAAUGGGUUCGAACAGAAAAACGGCUUUACAUUAUGCCGCAGAAAAAGGUCACCUUAAAAUCGUGCAAAAACUUUUGACCAAAGAGGUGGCGGACAAGACUGCAUUGGUCCUAUUGUCGAGGUAUUUCGAUGUUGCAAACUUACUGAGAGAACACCAAGUAGACGUUAAUGUUAGGUCUUCAGAAAACCAAACGGCAUUACACUAUGCUGCCAGCAGGGGUCACGUUGACAGCAUUAGGAACUUGGUGGCAGCGGGGGCGAAUAUUAACACUACUGAUGAGGAUGGACAAACUGCGUUAAUGAUCUUAUUGGACAAAGGUUUUCUUGAUGCUGCAAACUAUUUGAUGAUGGAAAAUGUGGAUGUUAAGGUUGCCGAUUCACAUGGGCAAACCCCAUUACAUUUCGCAGCGAAAAAAGGUCUCUUUGAAAUCUUUGAGACGUUGGUGGAUAAAGGAGCGGAAAUCGACGCUGCAGAUAAAAACGGCAAAACGGCUUUAAUGUUAUCGUUGGACAGAGGUUUUUUUGAUGCUGCGGACGUUUUACUGGAAAAUGGAGCAAGUGUCAGCGCUGUAGAUUCAGAUAAAUGUACUGCAUUACAUAUUGCCGCCAGGAAAGGAUUCGUCAACAGUAUUGAAAAACUGUUAAAAAAAGAAGCACCAAUUGACGCUGUGACUGAUUAUGGGAAAACUGCGCUCAUGCUUUCUAUAGAAAGGGGUAUCCGUAAGGCAGUACACGUCUUACUGGAUGCAAAUGCCGAUGUUAAUAUUGAGGACUCAUUGAAAAAGACUGCACUACAUUAUGCCGCCGACGAAGGUUUCCAUGACUGCAUUGUAAGGAUGGUGGAAGCUGGUGCAUUAGUUGAUGCUGCUACCACGAACGGUGAAGCUGCCCGGUUGCUCUGGUCGCUAAAGGACCAUUUUAAUAUUGCUGAAUAUUUACUAGAAAAAAAUGCAGGAAUUGAUGCAAAGAAUUCUGACGGACGGACAGCCCUACAUUAUGCUGCGGAAAACGGCUGCGUUACAAUAAUUGAAAAAUUAUUAAAAGCGGAAGCGCAAAUCAAUGCUACAACUACGAAAAAUCAAACCGCGUUAAUGCUUGCAUUGGCUUCAAACCAUUUAGAUGUUGCAGAUACUCUGCUGAAGCAUGAUGCAAGACUAGAUUUCGUGGCAUCUAACGGAAUGACAAUGUUACAUUAUGCGGCAAAAAGUGGACAUAUGUCGACAAUUAAGAAAUUGGUGGAUGCAGGAGCAGACGUUUACGCUACCACCAGCGAAGGUUACACUCCGUUAAUGCUUUCAUUAGAUGCAAACCAUUUGGAUGUUGCACACUGUCUGCUAAUGCAUGAUGUAAGACUAGAUUUCGUGAGUUCUGAUAAAAUGACAAUGUUACAUUAUGCAGCAGAAAGUGGACAUAUGCCAACAAUCAAGAAAUUGGUAGACGCAGGAGCAGACUUUAACGCUACCGCUGGAACAGGCGAUACUCCGUUAAUGCUGUCAUUACAAAGCAGGCAAUUGGAAGCCGCAAAGUAUUUUGUAGAUAAAACUACCAACAUCCAAGCUGUGAAUCCACGCGGAUUAAAUGCAUUACAUUUUGCUGCAGAACAGGGUUAUUUACCUAUAGUUAAGAAGCUGGUGAAUCGAGGGAUGAAAGUUAACAAUAUUUCUAAAGUGUGCGGAACUCCGUUUCAUUUGGCAUUGAAGCGUAACUUCUUCGAUGUCGCGGAGUAUCUAUUAAUGCAAACUGAGAAUGCUGAUUAUUUGAAUUCUGUGGUAGGGUGCUUUGAAGUUACGGAAAAAUGUCCCCCCAAAAUUCUGCAACAGUUAGUAGAAAAAGGUGUAAUAAUCGAUGUCAUUUACAAAAACUGUACGGACUAUUUAGUACAACUAUUGCAAAAUGGUCAGCAUGCGGAUGUAGAUAGUAUCUUAAAUGCAGCAGCGUUGAAAGCGUUACAUUCAUAUCUCGUCAAAACGACUAGAGGGUCUUCCUAGUACCCGUACAAAAGCUACAAGUCCCUAAUGGUAGAAGCAGUGACCUGACUGACUUUCAAAUUGAAAUAGUCAUUCAUUAGCGUACCGGUGGAUCUAAACCUGCGCUCAACAGCUAGCAGGCUGCAGUCAGCAUUUUUCGACUUCCGUCAGAAGUCCCAGUGUUCUUAAUGAGGUUGUGAUUCCCGUUGACUGUUAUUUACAUACUAUUUACUAUGCAUUUACAUGUUUUAAAAGGUUAAUUUAAGAUUUUUUAAGAAUAAAACUGAAAGUUUUGAAGCAUUUAAUCCUGUUGGAACCAACUUGAUUUGUAUCACCACUCACUAAAUAGAUUUUUAAUAUAUUACAAACUUAUAAGCUGUGUUACUUCAAAUUGCCAAUGUUGAAAAUGCCAAAUUCAUGAUUAACUUUAAUGGGUUAUAUAUACAGGAAGUUAGGAAGCCU